AUGACACAAGGAAAUAACACUGAAAUGACUGAAUUCUUUCUCCUGGGAUUUGGUUCCGGACACAAGUAUUGGUAUGUCCUCUUCACUGUAUUUCUAGUCAACUAUGUGACCUCCAUGGUGGGUAAUAUUGGAAUGAUCCUACUCAUCAACACAGAUUCCAGACUCCAAACCCCCAUGUACUUCUUCCUACAGCAUUUGGCUUUUGUUGACAUCUGUUAUACCUCUGCUAUCACUCCCAAGAUGCUGCAAAACUUCAUAGAAGAAAACAAAUCAAUAUCAUUCAAGGGUUGUGUCAUGCAGUUAUUGGUUUAUGCAACAUUUGCGACCAGUGACUGUUACCUCCUGGCUGCUAUGGCAGUGGACCGUUAUGUGGCCAUCUGUAACCCACUUCACUAUCCCAUCGUCAUGUCCCAAAGAGUCUGCAUCCAGUUGGUAGUUGCUUCAUAUGUCAUGGGCUCAAUAAAUGCUUCUGUGCACACAGGGUUUACAUUUUCACUGGUCUUCUGCAAGGGCAAUACCAUCAAUCACUUUUUCUGUGAUGUUCCUCCAAUUCUCACCCUUUCAUGCUCCAACAUUGACAUCAACAUCAUGCUACUUUUUGUCUUUGUGGGAUUUAACUUGAUGUUCACCGUGGUCCUCGUCAUAUUUUCCUACGGGAAUAUCAUAGCUGCCAUCUUAAAGAUCUCUUCUGCUGCAGGGAGGAAAAAAGCCUUCUCCACCUGUACCUCCCACCUGACAGCUGUGACCAUUUUCUAUGGAACCCUCUCUUACAUGUACUUACAGGCUCAUUCUAAUAAUUCCCAGGAGAAUAUGAAAGUGGCCUCUGUAUUUUAUGGCAUUGUGAUUCCCAUGUUGAACCCCCUGAUCUACAGUUUGAGAAAUAAGGAGGUAAAGGAAGCUCUAAAAGUGAUGAAGAAAAAAUUCUUCUAGAUUGGACC